AUGAUCAAUAUUCCCUCGUCGUUAACACCGCACGAGCCGCAACCAGAUUUUAUUCAAGGUCUGCAGAAUCAGGAGAUUAUCGCAUGCUUAUUUAGCCCAAGCCAAGCCGCGCAAACAGAUCGCAAGAACGCUACUCGGCAUCCGUUCUCCAGUUCCUCCUAUUGCCCCCGCGCACAUAGCCCCCCCCCGCAUAUAUAUCUCCAGUCCCGUGCGCGUCACCUUCCUCGCUGGCUACACCUCGCCGAGACAACGUCUAGCAUGUCGUCCACCCAGCUGCCUGACGUGAUACCUCCGCCCCCAGGUAGCUCUGCUUGGCAUGUCGUCCCUCGACACGGCAGCCCCGCGGUGAUGGUGGGGACUAUAGGUUUACCAGGAGGCACUGCAUCUUUUCUCCACCCAGCAGAGAGCAGAGCUGCCCAGCCAGUGAGCCAGAAACUGGAUGCCCAGCCUGCUCAAUUUCCCUACCGAACCGACUGGACGCACUGGGAUGGGCCUCUUCGGGAGACUCGGGCUGGCUCCAAGGAAGAGCGAUCUCGUCUAAGGAUCGACGAAGACAUCGUUCCUCGCCGCACGAAGAUCCAAACCCUCGGCGCUUCGCCCUUGGACGCGUGGCUGCCUUCGCCGCCUGGCACCACCACACAGCAGCUGUCGCAGCUGCUGGACCUGAAGGUCUCUCCCAACACAUGCUUGAACGAAUCAGCUUUCAUAGUGGGCUUGCAGUUUGCCACGUACUAUGCCGCACGCGAUGUUCUCGUCGCAUCAGCAGCACUCAGCUGCCACAAGCCUCCAAUUCGGAACCCACCUGCCGGUAGCGCAGGUCACGUAUCAGCCUUCUCCGACGACGCCAUCAUACCCGGCACGACGCUCGAGGACAUGCAAUUGCAAUCCCGCCUCGGUUACAAAACCAACAAGUCUCUGCAACAAGCGCAGUUCGACAAGCAAUUCACGGUCAUCCCUAUACAUCACAACGUUGGCCCCGGACAUUGGACCAUGGCCGUGUUCGAUCGUAGGGUCGGCCACCUGCUCUACUGGGAUCCUCUUCAGCCUCGCGAUUCCGACGACGACUACGCGCUAAAGCUUGCAUCGUACAAAGAGAGGACCCGCUCCUCUAUCGUGGCCUUCACGUCGUACCUCACAUUCAACGCACAGCCCAGUACAUUCAGGGUGACGGUCUGCUCGGUCACGGGCCAGAGAGGAUCAUUCGAGUGUGGUCACAUCCUCUGUGAAAUAGCUCGACAACUCUUUUCCGGUCAGACGGGUCUUUCUCACGGCAGAUACAUAUCGAUGAUGCAAACAUCUCCCCUUGGCCUGCCGAUGGAAAUUCCUACACAUGAACAGGACAAGCAGGUCUACGCUACCGAUCUGCGUCUGCGCGACUGGGUCACGGAGCCGUUUCGCUGCGAUGACUCUGCAAAAACGUACUGGGAACACUACAACAGGAUGAUCGACGAGUGGAAGGUUGCCAUCUUCGGAUUCCUCGGCAGCGGCGACUGCACGGUAGAGAUGAUCAGAGACCGUGAAUUGCUAACGCUCAAGCUGAAAGCGUUGCGCAGGAUUACGCCCUACUGGUUAACGUCUCGAUUCGAAGCCGACCCUCUGUCACUGGAGGCAGCCGCCUUCCCUCACCUUGGGGGUCGGGCCCACUCCGUUCUGAAUGGUUCUUUGGACGUGGUUUGGUAUCCUUACGAUCGCAACUUCAAGCUCGAUGAAUCCAUGCGGUCACAGAUGUUGCUGGCAGGUCACGCCAAGUUCAAGCACCCACUCCUCCCCAAGCAGUAUCCAGAACCCGUCAUCAAGGUGUCUAAUGCCGCCAUGGAAUUUCUUUCCCGUCGUGGGUGGCAUUGGGACGAUCGAACCCUCACAUAUGCCCAUGAACCCUCAGAAGAGGAAGGCAAGAGCCUCGCCAAGGCCAAGUCGAACUUUACGCAUGCCGUGUCGAUAUCUUCGUCCAACUCCAGCGGCGCGGUGGCACGAGACCGGGGUACUGCAGACCAACCACGUGGACGCUCUACGACCAAACCAUGUGUGGCGGCUGCGGCCGAUGAUGCAAGGUCGAGUGUUUGCGACAACCAACUGUCGAAUAGCGUGUCCCAGAUGUCCCUCGAUACGGGACACCGACCCUCGUCUGCCCUUGGUAGCAUUGUUGGAAACGAUGAUGCAGACGUCUACAUGGAGGAUGCUGCUGUCCAGGACUCGGGAUCUUCCAACGGCAGCACCAACCUGCCAAGUGUCCGGGGUAGAAUCAACGGUGCCCUCACCAUUUCGCGUCUGGAUAUGCAGGGACAGAUGAUCGAGGCUGGAAGGGCGGGUAUGAUUUGGUCGGCUGGCGACGAAGCGACACGUGACAUGCUGCUGCUUUCCGAAGAACUCGGUCUGAUGCCGUUUCCAGGUGCCGAUGCGCAGAUCGUGGGAAACGCUGGCAACACCUUCGUUCUGGAGGACAUGCCCUCCAAUUUGAUUUCCCACACGCAGGACUGGCCGAGAUUGGUGGAUUGCGCUCGCAGACAGGUUACCCGUUAA